ACUCGAUGACAUUCCUGCGAACGGCAAAGGUUCACAACAAGCAGCCAAAGAACAUUUUUCAAAUAUUGAUUUGUGAGACGAGGCGGGAAAAAUAUGCCGCUCAAGUGCGGUACGGGCGAGUUGCGUAGAUGGCGUAAGGUGCGAGUCGAAGGAAGAAUAUUCAAGAGGAGGAGUCGAAGAAGAAAAAUUAACUCGAGGGGGGCUCGUCGGAGCGAAUCGUUUAUUCGCACUCUUUUGGAAAAGCGCUCAUCUGAAAAAACGUUCAAACUGUGCGAGACCGUAGACGCCGGGUUCGCUCAUGACGCGCAUCACGCAACACGCAACGGAAAGAAGAAACCAAGUCCAAGGCGAUGCACGAGUUCGCGCAGCCGAGUACAUUCCAAGGAGGAGAUGAGAAACAUCAGGCGAAAUUAUUAUCGCGAUGGACAGACGAAUCGGAUUUGGGUCAUCGAUUUCUGAUGUCAGAGAUCGGUGUGUAGGUGCUCUGUGUCGAGAAUUGCGGGGUGCGAGGGUAAUGAGGUCAAGUAUGCCAGGAACAGGGACAAUCUCUCAUGCGCGAUGCUUUUAAUAUCGAACGUCCAGUACGGU